AGAGGAUAAUAACUUGUCUAGCAUUUUUUUAAAUAUAUUAUUUCCCCUUUUACAUUAAUCUAGAACUCUCUCUCUCAUUGCUUCUUGUGCUUAACCCAUUUUUGGUUAUUUUCUUCUAGAUUCUAGAGGUUUAGUUUGAAUGCUGAUAAUGGACCACUGACAUGGAUAGAGACAGACAGACACUUCACGCAGCCAGUGCAGAAUGCUGUUGCCUCAUCUGUUUUUGUAGUUGUAUUUGCUAGAAUGCUGUUGCCUCAUCUGUUUUGUAGUUGUAUUUGCUAGAAUGCUGUUUGCCUCAUCCCUGUCUUUCUAGUCUUUUUCUCCCCUUGUACAAGUAACCUGAUCCUAGAUCUGGGGCCAGGCUACUGUAGAACGCAUGAUAACAAGUAGUGGAAUGAUAAUUCAAACAGACUGGCUACCCAGGCUAAUUGUAGAAGCAUUUCACCCAUAAAUGACAACCCCGGUUGUAAAGUUUUCAAAUAAGGGAAAUGUCACCACUAAUAUCUGUCACAAUCACGCUUAAUGUGAGGAAGGUAAGGCGCUGUUAGGAGUUUCAGAAGUGUCCCCUUUCCAGUUGGCACUGUAUCAGUCACAAUCAUGGCUUGGUUUGUAUUCUCUGGGUGUAUAUGUUUGUCUUUGGUCUCCAUAGGUGCUUAUUAGUAUCGCUGCUGACGCCAUAGAUAGGGUGGCUGUUGUCAUUCCGUACUGUGUGGGUGGGGUGUCAAGGGAGGCAGUGAGACUAGGGUACUGGGUCAGGUAGCAGGCUAGAGGUAACAAUUUACAGGUAUGACUGCAUGCCUGCUCUCUGGUGCAUGCUAGCUUACCUACCUGCUUCCCAGUGUAAGCUGACAGACCGGUGAACCAAUUCCCAGAUGGCCAGCUAUGUGAGAAAUGUGUGUCUGUCAGCCUGCCUCAUUUUAAACAGCAUCCGUUUUGACCUAGUUGCUACUGUUGGUAUAAUACAGAAUACAAUACAACCUAAUCUAUACUUUGAUUCUUAAAUCAUCUUAACUGCAUUUUGUUUCUCUCUGUUUCCACAGCAAAACCCAAGUCUUCCCAAAUCAACUUUCCACCCUACUCCUCCUCUAUACCCAUUCCCACCAUCCCUCUUUCCUUCCCUCGCCCCACCUCUCCAUCAUCAUGUCCAGCGGAGCCCUGGGGCGUCUCAGUACCUUGACUCUGAGUGUGAAGCAGCUCAGCCGGCUGCCUCACCUCUCCGACAUCCUCCCCUCUUCACUCCCCUCCCUCCCCUCCCCCAGCCCCACCGUCCCUGUCUCCUGCGUCCCCACUCUGUUCCAGGAGCCUUACAUCCUCUCUGGCUACCGCCCGGUGGGGCAAGACUGGCGCUGUUACGUUCUCAGCCUCUUCCAGAGACACAAUGAAUCCCUCAACGUCUGGACACACCUUCUGGCAGGUCCCCUGGUGCUACUACGCGUCUGGGCCUAUGGAUUGUCCCUAGACUCGGCGUCCCUGCCUCUCUGCCUGUACAUACUGUCUGCCCUCACCUACUUGUGUUGUAGCGUAGCAGCCCACCUGCUUCAGUCCCACUCUGAGCUGGCCCACUAUACUCUGUUCUUCCUGGACUAUGUGGGUGUGUCUGUGUAUCAGUAUGGCUGUUCUCUGGCUCACUAUUUCUACUGCUCUGAGCCAGCCUGGAGGGAGAGCCCCGUAGGGUUCUGGUUCCUCCCUGGCGCUGCCCUACUUGGCUGGCUGUCCUGUGCUAGCUGCUGCUUUGCCAAGUCACGCUACCGCCGGCCUUACCCGCUCCGGAGAAAGAUCUGCCAGCUGAUCCCCACCAGCAUGGCCUACUUCCUGGACAUCAGCCCUGUAGCCCACCGCCUGGCUACCGUACCCUGGGGUCAGGACCCUGCUCUACCGCUCCACGCCCUGCAGAUGGCCGCCUUCCUGCUUGCAGCCUUCUUCUUCUCCUGCCCUGUUCCUGAGAGGUUCUUCCCGGGGCAUUGUGACAUCAUGGGUCAGGGUCACCAGAUCUUCCACCUCUUCCUGUCUCUGUGUACUCUGUGUCAGCUGGAGGCCCUUUUCCUGGACUAUGGCAGUCGGAGGGAUACAGUGCUGCAGUUGUAUGGGGAGAGGCAGCUGUGGUUCGCCGGUGUAUCCUUCCUCGCCCUAGCACUAUGUAGCACCCUGACCGCGGUUGUCAUGAGGAGGCAUGUACAGAGACGACUGGAGAAAAGUGAAACUGUGAAACAGUGAGGAAUGGCAGGGAGAGGAGGAACGAGAGACAUUUUCAGUGUUUUGAGAAUAAUCAUGUCCUGUAAAUGUAUAGAGAGACAAUAUUUAUCUAAGAUGAUGAGCAUCUUUGUAGCAGAUAAAGAUUUCUUGCCUUAAAAGAUCUUUUGAUUCCUGUACAAUCUAACCAUGUCCUUCUUUGUUUACUUCCUGGACACGGGGUAAAUAUUUCUUUAUUGCCUAUUUCUGACUAGUUAUUGAUCAAUAAGCUUAGAUUCAGUAGCCUGGUCCCAGAUCUGUUUGUGCUGUAUAGCCAACGCCUAUGGACAUUGUCAUGCCAAAUGUACAAACAGAUCUGGGACCAGGCUAUUGAUUCAGUAUAUAUCUGAGGAACCCAUGAAGGGGGUUUUUGUGUUAAGCUUAAUGGAGUUUCACCCCAAAGUCCGUCUGAUAAAGAGUUAGUGACAUUUUUAAAGCUGGAUUUUUUUGUCGUUCUCUUUCAGCUGUCGGAGUGAAACAGGCCAAGCCACGGGAUUGAGCAAACAAAGAAGUCCGUUUUAUUGAGCAGUGAACAGAACAGGCUGUGAUUUUGGCCAUAGUGACAGGCAGACUAUAGGCCAUUGCAGAGCAGGAUCUGGCAACUAGAGCGAGUGGGUUGAGGAUCAGGAGGAGAGCUGUGGGUGACUAGGAGUGAUGCUUUUAUACAGGCCGAACCUGGGUCAUAGUGGAUACACUAAUUGGCAUUUUUACAAAACUAGCAAAAAAAAGCAUUGAUGCAAGACACAUCUACACAAAGAAAUGUGUUGUGUGAUUGGACCUAGACAUUUGUAUGACGUCAUAUGAAAAAAGCCCAUCAACAUCCAUGUGUAACUCUGUGUUGUUGUCUGUUCACACUGCUAUGCUUUAUCUUGGCCAGGUCGCCUACCUGGUUAAAUAAAGGUGUUCUCAACUAG